UUCUCCCUUACAAUGCAUUCAUAUUGUCCAACCUGUAAAAGGCCGUGGGACGAAAAUUCUCCGCCGGAUCAAAAUGUACCCGGGUCCUCCACAGCACUUGAAGUUAAGCCGCCUACGAUUGGGCCUAGCCAAUCACUUUGGCUUGAAGGUGAACACUUUCGGGUUCUAACAAAGACUAUCGUCAUGAACAUCAUUUCCAGCUGUACUCACACUGAAACCACCUUCCACUUCCCGAAUAUAAAUCGCGCCUGUUCCAUGUUUGCCAGAUUCAACGGAACAAAGGAAGAUCUUCGCAAGUUUGUGCAUAUGGAUGAUUUCAGAUGGUCUUACAAGAAGCAAGGACAAACUGAAAUCAAACCAAGAUCACACCAAAUCACAAUGGACGAUGGCAGUGUUGUACAUAUCCUGAACUGUUCGAAUCCGUACCUCAGCUACUUUAAGAAAUAUAUAUUCGUCAAUGAAUCCAGUGACAAUAUUUAUGUGGUAUAUGUCUCAUCAGAAGCUGUAGACAGUUCAGAGAUCCCGUCAAAGAGAACGGGUAUGGAUCCCUCGGUGCAAGCUGGAGAGGUUCUGGAAGAAAACCUAGUAGACUAUGAAUUUGACUACAAUAUGGAUACAGAGCCCAUACUUGAUCCAGUUCCAGAGGUUCCGGUCAGUUCGGAAUUUGCAGAGAUUGAGCCCCCCGGACCCUCCCAACUUACUCCAUCACUAGAAGUUGAGGCACCUACCGUUGCACCUAGCCAGUGGGUUGAAGGAGAAUACUUUCGAGCGCUUUCAAAGGCAGUCAUAUUGAAUAUCAUAUCCAGAUGUACAACCACACAAACCACCCACGACUUCCCGAAUAUGAAUCGCGCCUGUUCAAUGUUCGCAAGAUUCCACGGAACAAAGGAGGAUCUUCGGAAGUUUGUGCGUAUGGAUGAUUUCAGUUGGAAUUACAAGAAGCGAGGCGAAAAAGUAAUCAAGCCAAUGCCAACUCAUAUCCUUAUGGACGAUCGGAGUGUUUUUUAUAUUCUGAACUGUGUGAAUCCGUAUCUCUACUAUUUUAAGAAAUAUAUAUUCGUCAAUGAAUACAGUGACAAUAUUUAUGUGGUAUAUGUUUCGGCACGAGCCGUAGACAGUUCGGAUAUCCCAAAGAGAAAAGGUAUAGCUUCUUCAGAGCAAGCUGAACAGGUUCAGGAAGAGGUUGAGCAACAGGUUCCGGGAGGAAGCAGAGAAUACUAUGGAUAUCACAACAAUAUGGAUACACAACCCAUACUUGAUCCAGUUCAAGAGGUUCCGGAACUUGCAGAGUCUAUCGAGCAGUCCCCGCCAGUUCAAAAUCCCCCCGUAUCCUCCCAACUUACUCCAUCACUUGAAGUUGAGGUACCUACCCUUGCACCUGGUCAGUGGGUUGAAGGAGAAUACUUUCGAGUACUUUCAAAGAAGGUCAUAUCAAAUAUCAUAUCCAGUUGUACUACCACACAAACCACCUUCCACUUCCCGAAUAUGAAUCGCGCGUGUUCAAUGUUUGCAAGAUUCCACGGAACAAAGAAGGAUAUUCGGACGUUUGUGCGUAUUGAUAAUUUCAUAUGGUAUUACAAGAAACAAGGAGAAACUGAAAUCAAGCCAAGGCCAAAUCAUAACUAUACGGACGAUGGAAGUCUUGUCCAUAUUCUAAACUGUGUGAAUCCGUACCUCAACUACUUUAAGAAAUAUAUAUUCUUCAACGAAUCUACUGACUAUAUUUAUGUCGUAUACGUUUCAUCACGAGCUGUAGACAGUUCGGAGAUCCCGUCAAUAAGAACGGGUAUAAAGCCCUCGGCGCAAGCUGGAGAGGUUCAGGACGGGGACAAAUUGCAAAAUGCAAAUAUUCAGCAAGAGGAGUACGGCAACAACUUGGCUGAAGAAGCUUCAGAGACUCUCGAACUUGCACAUAUCAAUCAAGAUGCUCCAAAAGAAAGCUUAGUCGACUAUGAAUAUGGCUUCAAUAUGGAUACAGAACCCAUACUUGAUCCGAUUCCAGUGGUUUGGGUUGACCCGGAACUUGCAGAGAUCCAGCAGCCUGAGCAAGAGUUGUGUCUACCAGUUCGAAGAUCACCCACACCUUCAAAAAGCGAAAUGUGGUUAGAAGGAGAACACUUUCGGAGUCUCUCAAAGAUUAUCAUUUCAAAAAUCAUGUACAGCUGUACGGUAACAGAAACCACCUACUACUUUCCAAAAAUGAAUCACGCCUGUUCAAUGUUUGCUAGAUUCCACGGAACAAAGAAAGAUCUUCGAAAGUUUGUGCACAUUGAUGAUUUCAAAUGGUCAAUCAUGAAAUCAGGACAAACUGGAAUCAAGCCAAGGGCAAGCCAACUCAAUAUGGAUGAUGGCAGUGUUAUCCAUAUCCUGCACUGCCCGAACCCGUUCCUCAGCUACUUUAAGAAAUAUAUAUUCCUCGAUGAAUCAUGUGAUGAAGUUUAUGUGGUAUACGUCUCAUCACAAGCUGUGGAUAGAGCGGAGAUUCCUUUAAAGAGAAGGUUUAGAGCUCAAGCUGGAGAGCUUCAGGACUGGGACGAGUACGGCAAAGAAGCUUCAGAGUCUCCCGAACUUGCACACAUCAAACAAGAGGUUCUAGAAGAAGGUCUAGAAGACUAUGAAUAUGAGUACGAUAUGGAUAUAGAGCCUAUACUUGAUCCAGUUCGAAAGGUUCCGGACAGCUCGGGGAUUGAACAAGAGGUUCCAGAUGACUACAAUAUUGCCACUGAAGGCAUUCUUGAUCAGGUUCCGGUUGGUUCGGAACAUGCAGAGAUGGGGUAUUCCCCGCCUGCUAAAAGGUUCCGGAGAUCCUCUCCAACACUUGAACCUACCUUUGGGCCAAGCAAGUCCAUGUGGCUAGAAGAAGAAUACUUUCGGGGUCUAACAAAGACUAUCAUCUUGAGAAUCAUAUCCAGCUGCACUACCACUGAAACGGUAUCAGAAACCACCUACCACUCCCCAAAUAUCGAUCACGCCUGUUCAAAGUUUGCAAGAUUCCACGGAACAAAAGACGAUCUUCGGAAUUUUGUGCAUAUAGAUGAUUUGAGAUGGUAUUCCAAGCGGCAUGAACACCCCGAAAUCAAACCAAGGCUAAGUCAAAUCAAAAUGGACGAUGGCAGUGUUACCCAUGUUCUGAAAUGUACGAAUCCGUAUCUCAGAUAUUUUAAGAAAUAUAUAUUCCUCAAAGAAUUCAGAAACGAAAUCUAUGUGGUAUAUGUCUCAUCACAAGCGGUAGAUAGUGGUGCGGAGAUUACGUCGAAGAAUACUAGUCGAGCCCCAUCAGAACCCGUUGGAGAAGUUCAGGAAGAGAUCAGAGAAGGCGAUGGCUACAAUAUGAAUACAGAGCCCAUACUUGUUGGAGAAGCUCCGGGACUUGCACAAGUUAAACAAGAGGUUCCGGGAGACAAUAAAAAAAGCUUAUUUGGAAUGCUAGAACGCUUUUGAACAACAGAUUUUCAUCGGGUUUAACAGUAUAUAUGUUUGUAUUUAAAUGUGAACUUUUUCAGGAAGACUUUGAUCUCUAGUUUUAUUAUAUUUAUUAUGUUUUGAAUAAAGUUUGCUGAAAGUCUAGAACAGAACAAUAUU